GAGCUGUUCUGCUCGUAAACAAAACUCAACACUCAUCUGGAGCUGACUCGGUUCUUCAUUAGGAUCGGGACUUGACAUCGCGCUAAGACACAAUUUUUUAUAACAACUCGCUUUGAUCAGGUAAGAAUGGACGAUUCAAGCCUGGUGCGUAGUGAUCAGGAGGAGAAAGCGGAAAUUGCAUCAGCGCCAGAGGAAGGCACGCGACGCCGAUGGCUGGGGAUGACUGUGGAGCCGGCGCUGUUCCUGCUCACGUUUGCCGUCACGCUGGCCGGCCCAGUGCUGCAGAACCUGAUCGUGGCCAAGACGUGCCUUAUCACGCUGCACUACAAUGACUCCGUCUGCUCCAACCUGUCCUCGCUCAAGCCGAUUGAGGAUCAGAUCCAGCCCUACUCGGUCGAGCUCAUCAAGUACAAAGCGCUUGUCGAGUCCAUUGUUCCCGCUGCGUUGUCCUUUUUCCUGGGGCCGUGGAGCGAUCGGAACGGACGAAAGCUGCUGCUGUUGGUGCCGUGCCUUGGCUACCUGCUGCUCAACAUCGGCUACAUGGUUCUUGGCUCGCAGCUCGCGUGGGAAAGCAAUCCCGAGUACCUCUUGCUCGCCAGCAUUCCUGUCGCGCUAACAGGUGGAUUCGUGACCUUUGUGACCGGCUCUUUCUGCUAUCUAUCGGACAUUUCGACGCCUGCAGAACGUUCAUGGCGCAUGGGAGUUGCAGAGGCAGCCCUGAUGCUUGGACUACCCACCGGUCUUGUCGCCAGCUCCUACCUGCUCGCCUGGGGAGGAUACCUGUUGGUGUUCGGCGUGUGCAGCGUUGCGUGCGUGUUGACCUCUUUGUACGUCCUGUUUGCUGUGCCAGAAUCGAUUGAGAUGUCAGACGAGUCGAGCCGCCAGAGCGUCUUUGACCUGGACCUGAUCCGCGGCAUGAUGCGCACCUGCUGCAAACCCAGGCCUGGAUACCGCCGCGCCGUCUUGUUUCUCAUCAUGAUCACCAUGGCCAUUAUCAUCUUCUCCCUGGAUGGUGACAUUUCGGUUUCAUACUUGUAUACGAGAGAGAAACUAGGAUGGGACCUGCAGGACUUUACGCUUUACAGCGCCACCAGCGUUCUCUCUGCUACCAUAGGGUCACUGGUGGGCUUGCAUGUGCUGAGCAGAAAAAUGAAAUUGGGAGACGCGCCGCUCGCUGCCUUGGCCUGCGUCCUCAAAGUGGCCAGUCUGAUGGUCCUGGCGCUGGCCAACACCUCCUGGGUUAUGUAUGCAGGUAGCGCUGUCGGCCUUUUGGGUGGACUUUCUUCGCCUCUCUGCAGGACAAUGCUGUCCAAGAGCGUGCACGCGGAUGACGUUGGCAAAGUGUUCUCUCUGGCAUCAUCGCUGGAGGCGCUGACGCCGAUCGGUGCCUCGCCACUCUACACUGCACUCUACAAAGCCACCUUUCUCACAGUGCCUGGCACCUUCUACAUGCUCUCCUCGGCCCUUUACGCGGUCAACACUGUCAUUCUAGUCAUCGUGGCCAUCAUCUUGUACAAGUACCCAGAAAACUCUUACGCUUCUCUCGAGGUCAACUGAAUCCCCUGAGCUCAAUCAAGAAAAUAAUUAAUUGCGCCUUUUCUGAUGAAAUGAGUACUCGCAGCAUUUUUAAGCAUACUAAUAAAAGUCUUACAAAUGGAUCUCUACAUCAACGAAAUCUGCAUAUUGGCAACAGUCUUAAAUUUUUGCGACUUCCCAUGGUGUGUGAUAGAAACGUGUCUUUGUAUAUUCAAACAUAAAGAAUAUUAUCGCUCUUAUUGAUAUUAAUUAGUUAUAUAAAUCUACAGUAUAUCGUGUGUCUUUGGCGUAAAUCGGAUUAAAUAUUUUUCCAAUCAAAACGA